UACGAGAGUUAAUUUUUCCCCACACCUGCUCCUCUGGGUAUCGUGUCAUCACUGGUAAGGGUUAAAAAGGGCUUACUGCUGUAAACAAGAUGGUAUUUCAUCCAAAAUGUCUUUCUUGUGGCUGUUAUCCUGCGUUGCCUUCAUUGGUGCAGCCUAUGGCUGUGGCGCUCCUGCCAUUUCCCCUGUUGUCAGUGGCUAUUCCCGCAUUGUAAAUGGUGAGGAAGCAGUGCCUCAUUCCUGGCCAUGGCAGGUGUCUCUGCAGGACAUCUUUGGCUGGCAUUUCUGUGGUGGGUCUUUGAUCAAUGAGAAUUGGGUGGUGACUGCUGCUCACUGCAGUGUGAGAACCAGUCAUCGUGUGAUCCUGGGAGAGCACAACAAAGCAAGCUCUCAAACUGAGGAAGAUAUACAAACUAUGAAAGUGCAAAAAGUGUUCACCCACCCUGAGUGGAACCCUAAUACCAUCAACAAUGACAUUGCAUUGGUGAAGCUGGCUUCCCCCGUUUCCCUGAUCAAUCACGUCUCCCCUGUCUGUCUUGCUGAGACUUCUGAUGAAUUUGCUCCUGGCAUGACCUGUGUGACCAGUGGUUGGGGUGUCACCAGAUACAAUGCUUUGUUCACUCCAAAUGAGCUCCAGCAGGUUGCCCUGCCCCUGCUGUCUAAUGAAGACUGCAAAAACUACUGGGGAAGCAACAUCAGUGAUGUCAUGAUCUGCGCUGGUGCAGCUGGUGCCUCCUCUUGCAUGGGUGACUCUGGUGGUCCUCUGGUGUGUCAGAAGGAUGGCGCAUGGACACUGGUUGGUAUUGUGUCCUGGGGAAGCAGUCGCUGUGACACCACUAUCCCUGGUGUAUAUGCCCGUGUCACAGAGCUCCGUGACUGGGUGGACCAGAUUCUGGCUUCCAAUUAAAAUGCUAUUUCAUAAAAAAAUAAUCAUAUAUAAAGAUUAUAUGAUAAUAAACUUUUGAUACUUAUACAUUUUAAGCGUUUUCACCCCAAAAUAAAAAAGUUAUCAUUUA